AGAGCAUAGAUAUUGGAAAAUGCAUGGCACAUUAUAGACAGAUUUGGUUUACUAAAAACAGUGAAAUGAUUUGAUAGUGCAGAGCGUACUUUAACAAAACUGUAAAAACAACUAGGCAAUUGAAAUCACCCGUGGUUACCAAGCGACCAUAUCAUGGCCGACUCAAUUAAUUUGGUCCAAGCACUCUUCUCGUAGGGAGACCGUUUUUUUUUUUCAAGUAUUAAGCUUUUUCCCUACACAUCUUUUAGAGCCCACUACAAGUAGAGCUGAGACUAGCUUUCUGGUUAUUAUGCAUGAAAACCUGUGUUUUGAGGUCGAAUUACUUAAAGAUUAAUUAAGCAUAUUAAAAAUAUAUGACUGACAGCAGGGAACACUAUAUAUUUAUUUAGCAGAUAUGCCAUUAAGUUACUUUUUAACAGUCAGUAUUUUUUCUCCUGCAUCAACGCACAAGUAUAAUCGUGUGGCCAUUAAAACUUUGGCAUGGUAGAGUCUUAUCUCUGGCCACAGAGAUGCUUUCCUGCAGUCACAUGACCCAGAGUGAGCUGUGAAAUGUACUUACUCAAAAGACUUGUUGGUUGAAUAAGGUCAGGAAUGGACACUUAUCUACUAUAAUGUAAAGAGAAGUGCUAAAUGAGAUUUUCACUUAUAACAGGAUGAGAAAAGCUGCAAAAGCCUCUUUGAGUGCAGGUUGGUCAAUGAAAGUGCUGCUUCUUCUGGGUUUAUCAGUUGGGCAAAUCAACUCAGACACCUGCAAGUGCUCUAUAUUGCCCUCUAAAGAACUGAGGGUUAACUGCAUCUCCCAGGGCCUCAAGAAAAUCCCCAAACUUCCCGACACCACAGAACUAUACCUACAGCACAACCAGCUGAGCUCAGUUACUCCUGGGCAUUUUGACAUGCUGCAGAGCCUUCAGGUGGUAAAUCUGUCAGGAAAUCCCUUUCACUGUGGCUGUGACAUCCAGUAUCUGCGAGCUUGGGUCCUGAAGAACCAAGCUGUGGCUGGUGAGGGCCCUACGUGUGCCAGUCCUGCCUCACUACCUCACAGACCCAUCGCUAGGCUCAGUGAGGCUGAGUUCUCUGCCUGUCUGCAGCAUCAAUGUUCUGGAAGCCUUUAUAAUUUAACAGUAGGGGUCAUGCUCAGUGUUCUCAUUGGUUUGCUGUUGUGGUGUUUGCUACUGGUUAAAGACUUGACGUUCAUUCUGGGCAUUAGUGAGAGACACACAGGCUUCGAGGUAGAAUCUCUGCGUUCUCUCAAGCCAAAACACAGAUAUAGGAAGAAGAGCUUUGGUGCAAGCCAACACAACGUUGAGCUACAGAGCCCUCUGCUCGAAAUGGAGAUCCUUCCUCAAAUUAUUGAUGAAUUGCAUAAGGAACACAACAUAAACUUCAAAGAAACAUCAACUACCUGAGGUUGCCCUGUACUGUUCUCUUACUGUUCCUCAAUGGCAACAUGUCAUUUACAAUAUGCAGGUGAAGGCUGUAAAAAUAUUAUGACUGAAAAAUCAGUGUGGUACAUUUCUUACUAAUCCAUACAUAUAUAACCAAAAUGGUAUGUUCACUGCUUUUGAUAUUUGAUAUGAUUAAUCCCUGAUUAAAUCAAGAGCUUUUUGCAGUUAUUUUCAGUAUAAUCCUGAUAUUUACUAAUUUGUUCAUUAUUUUGUGUUUUUUAUAUCCUUUCCUUUGUUGAUUGUCUCUGUUCUUGUAUUGAUGGUCAUGUCCCGAUCUGACCAAACCUUGAUCCCAUCAUUUUAUAACCCUACAAUGACUGAAAUUGUUUUAUAGCUUUUGUUUUUUAAUAUGUCUAAAGACAGGAUAGGUCAUUUCUGUACAAUGUGCCUGUAAAAACUGGAAUGAGAGAGAAAAAAACCCCCAGAUUAAAAGACUACUAGUUGGUAUACAAUUAAGACAUACUGUAAUACAUGAUAAAAUGUAUAUAAACUUAAGGAUGUUGUUAAAUGUUUUCUUUAGGAAAUGUCAGUUGCAAAUAAUAUGCCACUCCAUUUUUUUCCUAACCUUAACUAGAAUAAUCUCACGUCCCUGACCCCAUGGUUGUUACUGGGGCUACUACAGGAGACUUGCAUGUGUGGAGGUGGAGCAGCCUUCAAAAGUCUCAGGUUUGAUUGGUCUGCUUUCAGAGCAUUACCCCAGAUGUACUUUGUCCACAUUGAGAAGCACAUUCUCACUUAGCAAAGGUUUUGUCUUGCAACUCUACCAGUAUAACAGUGUCACAGCUUUGUAUUGAGACAUCUAAUCAUCUUCAAAAACCUUUUCUUCUGUAUAUGCAGAAGAGGUGCAUGCAGUGUGUAAACCAAGGAGAGAACUUAUUAACCUCGGUUCUGCUUUAAAAGAAUACAGGCCUUUAUCUGCUGAAUUGCAUUUGUAACAGACCCAAGACAAACUAGUACAACAGAUGGGCAGCCACAAACAAAACAUUAAAUGAUUUGAUUUCUGCAAAUUGUUUUAUCCAUACAUCUUGCAAGGUUUGUAGGUAUUUCAAGUGAAGCACUACAUAUAGUAGAAACACCAUUUACUAUUAUCCCAGUAUUUCUCAACUCAGAUGUUGAUACACUGUUGUUCUUUAAAAGUCCCAACAGUUGAAGAGAGGGAAAAAAAAAAGUGUAAUCAGGUUCCAGAUCCUCCUCCAGCUUUAUUGAUAGUUUAAAAUUACAUUUUCUAUGUUAUAGGACUUCAGUUGCAUCUUCCUUCUGACUUAAAAACUGAGUACAAGCAAAUGAUAUUCUUACAGUAGUCCAAGUGAUAUUGUACAAAAAUAAUAUUUGAUUUCUGUGAAAACAUUCUCCUUUUGCAAAUUACUGAUAAAUCCACAAGCUUAUUGUUUGAUAAUUUAAGAUAGAAAUGACUAAAAUUACUUUUGGAAUCUAACUUCAGGCAU